CAAAGAGAAGAAAAAAGGUGUAGAAACAUAACAGAUGGUAAAGAAGAACAAAUAACAAAAAGUAACUAAAGAAUGCUGCCCUCUCCCCCCAAUACCCUACCCUACCCAACCCUCUCAUUUCUUUUAAAAACUCAACCCAAAUCGAAAGCAGAAUCCAUAAAAGAUUGUACAUUUACAGUUCCUCAAGCACCCACCCACUCAUCUCAACCCCUCCUCUCUGAUUUCUUUUAAAACCUCAUCAGAAAUCAGAACUGAACUGAACCCUUAAAUAUUAUACAUUUACAGUUCCUCUAGCACAAGAUCUGAAGAAGGAACAGAAGUAUACACCAUGAAAGGCAGAGAUGGCAAAGGACCUCCUUCAGCAGAUCUAUUGGUAUGUUUUCCUUCUAGAGCGCAUCUAACGCUGAUGCCAAAGCCCAUUUGUAGCCCAGCUAGGCCCAACUCAGAGCCCAACAAGCGCCACCAGCACCAGUACCAGCACCAGCACCAGCACCACCACAACCGCCGUCCAAGGCUGCAUCAACACUUGAGGAAAUCUAGUAAUAGAGGCGGUGGCGCCGGCUAUGCUAGUCCUCUCAUGUGGGCAAAAAACAAGGCGACAAGCUCUGAGAUUGAAGAACCCACAUCCCCAAAAGUCACAUGUGCUGGACAGAUUAAAGUAAGGUCUAAACCUAACACAUGCAAGAAUUGGCAAUCUGUCAUGGAAGAGAUUGAAAAGUUACACAACAGCAAGAAACACAAGAAAAGACCUGCUUGGAUUGAAGCACUUGGAUUCAAGAAAGAUAUAAUGCAAUUCUUGACAUGUUUACGUAGCAUUCGAUUCGAUUUUCAUUGCUUUGGUUCAUUUCCUACAGCAGAUAUAACCUCAGAUGACGACGAAGAAGAUGAAGACGACAAACAACAGGCACAUGAUGAGGAUAAUGAAACUUCAAGAACUGUAUUCUCCAAAUGGUUCAUGGUUCUCCAAGAAAAUCAAAGCAAACAGUUCACCGAAAAGGAGAGCAAGGAGAAGUAUUAUAAAUCAAUUACUGAUGAUGAUGUGCCUUGUGCACCACCACCAAAUGCACUUUUACUCAUGCGUUGUCGAUCUGCUCCUGCAAAAAGCUGGCUGGAGGAUAUAGAAGCAGAAAAAAAAGAAAAUGAUGAUCAAGAAGAGGAAGAGGAAGAGGAAGAGGAAGAUGAAGAUGAAAACGAAGACGAAGAAAAAUUAACCAAGGAAGAAGAAGAAAAUGCAAAGAGGAAAGAAAAUUUAGUGUUGAUGCAAUAUGGAGCCGAUUUUUACAAAAUUUCUUCUGAUAUUGCAAAAGAAACUUGGGUUGUGGGAGGAAUAAAAGAUUCACUAUCAAGAAGUCGCAGUUCAAAGAGAUGAUAUACAUGAAGAUUGAUCAAAGAUUGAUGAUAUUUUGCUAUCUUUUUUUCUUGUUAAUUUUCAUUAAUUUUGCUUUACAUCAAUGUCUGAUGGAUGUUAAAAUUUAUUCAUUUUCUGAGUUCCGUGUUGGGAAAUCCUGAUCAAAAGUCCAUUCUUGGGCUUGAGGAUUUAUAUUUGUAUUUAAUUUGAUCUGUAUUAUAUGUACAGUUUUAUA